AGAAGUUUAUUUUUAUUUUUAUUUUUCCUUUUCUCUUGUUAACUAUUCUUUUUAUUUUCCUUUUCAUAAAACUAAAAUAUGAAGAUCUUUGCUUUAUCGGCCAUUGUAGCCACUGUUUUCGCAACCAUUUCUGAAGCUGCAGUCUCCAGAAUUGCCAUCAAGAAGGCUAAUGAAGCACCUUCAGAGAAACUUAACCGUUAUGCUCAAACCGGUGAAUAUAUGGCACAAAAGUAUUUUGGCUCUUCUCGUCAACAAUCUGAAAAGGGCGUUUUACCAUUCCAUGUUAAACCUGAUGGCAGUGUCGAGCAUGGUGUCCCCAUUUCAAAUUAUAUGAAUGCUCAGUAUUAUGGUGAUAUUGAAAUCGGUACUCCUCCUCAAACUUUCUCCGUUGUGUUUGAUACUGGUUCUUCCAACCUUUGGGUUCCUUCUACUCACUGUAACUCUAUUGCUUGUUUCAUGCAUCGUCGUUAUGAUUCUGCUCAAUCAGAGACCUUUAAAGAAAACGGAACCGAAUUCGCCAUCCAAUAUGGUACUGGUUCUUUGGAAGGAUUCAUUAGCCAAGAUACACUCCGUGUGGGCGGCAUCAAAAUCGAGGAUCAAGGUUUUGCUGAAUCUGUAAAGGAACCCGGAUUCACCUUUGCAUUAGCUCGUUUUGAUGGUAUCUUUGGCCUUGGUUAUGAUACCAUUUCCGUAAAGCACACUGUACCCCCUUUCUACCAUAUGGUAAACAAUGACUUGGUUGAUGAACAAUUAUUCUCAUUCUGGUUGAAUGAUGUCAACAAGGGUGGCGAAGAAGAAGGUGGUGAGCUUGUAUUUGGUGGUGUUGAUGAAGAUCAUUUCAAGGGAAACCUUACUUGGGCUCCUAUCAGAAGAAAGGGUUAUUGGGAAAUUGAUCUUGAGAACAUUAAGUUUGGUGGUGAAUAUAUCGAUUUAGAUCCCGUCGGUGCUGCUAUCGAUACUGGAUCUUCUCUUAUUGUCGCUCCUAGCACAGUUGCUGAUUUAAUCAAUCAUGAAAUCGGUGCUGUCAAGAACUGGGCUGGUCAAUGGACCCUCGAUUGUUCUCUUGUACCUAACCUUCCUGAAUUCUGUUUCGUAUUUGCUGGUAAGGAUUUCUGUUUAGCUGGUGAGGACUAUGUGCUCAAGGUCCAAGACCAAUGUAUCUCUGGAUUUAUGGGUAUGGAUAUCCCCGAACCUGCUGGUCCUCUUUGGAUUGUUGGUGAUGUAUUCCUUCGUAAAUUCUAUAGUGUAUAUGAUCUCGGAAAUAACAGAGUCGGUCUUGCUGAAUCUAAGUAAAAAUUUAAUAUAUAUAAAAACAAACCCACCCCAAAAAAAACCCCCCCUCUGCCAAUUAAAUAAUAAAUAAUUAUAUGUAUCUUGCUUUAUUAUACUAC